UUCCAGAUCUGGGUUGUCGGAAGUUCCCGGUGGCGUGGCCACCCAUGUUCGAUCCGGCAGGACGCGUCGAGCGCGCCCUUUUUCUCUCUCACCGCCACCACCACCUGAACACCCUUUGUCCUUCCAUCCCUCUCCUCCUCCUUACUUGCUUCCCUCCUCCAACCUAUUGCAAAUAUGAGCUCCCACGACAACGAGAACGAGGAACUGAUCGACUACGAGGACGAACACGAUGUGGUCACGAACGGCGCCGCAGCCCAGUCGGCAGCGAAUGGUGUGGCUGUCACGGCCGGCCAUCCCUCUGUCGAUGGCGAGGGUGACAAGGACAAGAAAAACUUCUCGGGAAUCCACUCCACUGGCUUCAGGGACUUCCUGUUGAAGCCGGAGCUGCUGCGCGCGAUCAGUGACCUUGGUUUCGAGCACCCAUCUGAAGUGCAACAAGAAUGUAUCCCGCAGGCGGUGCUUGGAAUGGACGUCCUGUGUCAGGCGAAGUCCGGCCACGGCAAAACGGCGGUCUUCGUCUUGGCGACUCUACAACAACUGGAGCCCGUCAACGGCGAGGUGUCCGUCCUCGUUCUCUGCCACACGCGAGAGCUCGCGUUCCAGAUCAAGAACGACACUUUCUACGGCGGUACGCCUGUCGUCAAGGAUGCAGAGUUGCUCCGCGACAAAAGCAAGUGCCCGCACAUCGUGGUCGCCACCCCCGGCCGUCUCAAUGCGCUCACGAGGGACAAAGUCUUGGAUGCCUCGAAAGUCAAGCACUUCAUUCUCGACGAGUGCGAUAAAAUGCUGGAACAGCUCGACAUGCGUCGCGACGUGCAAGAGAUCUUCCGGGCGACACCACACCACAAGCAAGUCAUGAUGUUCAGCGCGACCUUGGCGAAGGAGAUUCGGGUGACGUGCAAGAAGUUCAUGGCGAACCCCCUCGAAAUCUUUGUGGACGACGAGACGAAGCUCACGUUGCACGUUGGAGAGGUGGGCAAGAACCGGAAGCUGAACGAGCUCCUGGACACUUUGGAGUUCAACCAGGUCGUUAUCUUCGUCAAGUCGGUAGCCCGGGCAAUCGACAUCAGCAUCCACUCAGGAUUGGCUCAAGAGGAGCGUAUCAACCGGUACACGGCCUUCAAGGCCUUCGAGAAGCGUAUUCUCGUCGCAACUGACAUCUUCGGUCGUGGUAUCGAUGUCGAGCGUGUCAACAUCGUCAUCAACUACGAUUGCCCUCCUGAUGCGGACAGCUACCUCCACCGUGUCGGCCGUGCUGGUCGUUUCGGUACCAAGGGUCUCGCUAUCACCUUUGUCUCCUCGGAGAGCGAUCAGCAGGUGAUGGCGGCGAUCCAGUCGCGCUUCGAGGUGGCAGUACCUGAGCUGCCGGACCACAUUGACCCUGCCAGCUAUAGUGAGUUUGCUCGGACCCCGCAUGGUUGCGCACCACACUGAUCGUCUGCCCAGUGACUUCUUAAUUUCGUGCUAUCGAUGUCGUGCUCUUGUUGUUCCAGUGUCUCUAGUGUACCUAUAUUGUUUUCCUCCCGCUCAAUGGUUACCUCUCAAGCCUCUCGCGAGGUCGAUAAUGUGCAUCUCUGUCGGAGUGUUGCAGACAUGUCGGACGUUGCCGCGCAUCAGUGUGA